AUGCUACCGGUAUCAAGACUGUGUGUACGUAGCUCUCUACGGAAACUCGUUUUUGUGAGGUUCGUGUCCUGCACUUCAUGCGGAGUCACACUACAGAACAAUAAUGUGCGGGGGACUGGAUUUUACACUCCGCCCAAGGCACAAAUUGAGCGCAAAAGACCAGUGAUUGAGGACCUGAAGUAUUUGCUCUUCAGUCAGGAUUUACAAAGCUUGAAGUCUGAACUCAGCGCAGAAGAAAGACCUAAGAAGAAUAAGCCACUGAUAUGCAAGCGCUGUAACGAUGCGCUUCAUCAUAACACGUUUUCCAAAGAGGACUUCCGCCGAUACUCGAUGCAGGAAGUGUACCGUCAUGUUCCAGCUGGUGCGGACAUAUACCAUGUUGUGCCGCUUACAGACUUUCCUCUUCAGCUCAAUUCAGCGGUUCUCAAGGAUUCACGUUAUAACUCAGCGCUGCUGCUCUCAAAGGGUGAUCAGGUCACCCCUGACAAAUCUCUGCUGCAACGUAAGGCUCCCCAGUUUUUCAAAGACAUGUUGAGACUCAAAAUGAACUAUAACAGCAAUAAGAGCAUAGCUUUUUCAGCAUCUAAGGGUUGGAAUAUCCAGUCUGUGUACUCCGUUCUGCGCAGCAACUCAUUUUUAAUCGGGUGCCCUAAUUCAGGAAAAUCUACUCUUGUUAAUGCGCUUCUGAAGAAGUUUCCUUCACUGAAGCCUUCGGAAGGCAACAAUGCUUCAGAAGCAGAGAUAGUCCGAGGCGCCGGCGUCUCUAACAUUCCAAAUAUGACAAGAGAUCUACAGAGUUACAACAUCGGCAGCAAGGUCAUAAACGAUCUACCUGGCUACUCUACUAAUUACGGGAGUCCAGGCCCUGAAGAUGCUUUGGAUGCCAAAGUCUUGGAGAAGAUUCAGAAGACACACUUGUUCAAAAAGACAAAGUUGGUUAAGCAGCGCUACACCUCAUUGAAGGGCACCGACGCCGGCCGAUGCUAUACGGUGAGUGGCAUUUUUUACCUUGUUCCGCCACCUGAUACUAUAAACCAAGUCGUGAAUUAUAUUCCUGGAAAUGAGAGGCAAUACAGAAACAUUGACAAAGCACUUUCUGUUGUAAAUAGCGAGCACGCAUGUCCCGAGAAAGGACCUCUCAGACAAUACGUCGGUGUCCAAAAAGCGAUGGAAUCCAAAGAUAACUACGUGAGACAUGUUCUCCCACCUUUCCAGGGAUCGAUAGAGGUCGUACUUAAAGAGAUUGGCUAUUUCCAACUCAAGACUACAGGCAAAUACAAAUUCUUAGGGCUGCAUGAGGUUUGGGUUCCAAAAGGCGUUGAUGUUUGCAUUCGCGAGCCAAUUGCUCGUCUCAUAGAUGAAGGGUAUGAGGGAUACUUGAGCUCUGAGGGGAAGAAAAAGGCCAUACCCGAAAAACGCGAAGUCUUCAGCGCUACAUAUCCAAUGUCUUUCGAGGAGACUGAUACACUUCAAAAAAUGAAAGAAAUGUUUCUAGAGCGUACAAAAAAUGAUGUUUUGGCACGCAAAUUCAUCUCCUCGAAUCCUCUAAAGAUAAUCGGAACGGCUCAAAAAGAAGCGCCUAACUUGUAUUGGUAUUAUAAAUGGUAA